GAUGGGAACGUGAAGCAAAAUAGCUCACCAACUCUUCCUCUAUUACAGCCGUCCCUCCCACAUUCAAAACGCCUACCCCCUAAGCUCCUUUAAAGAUGCGCCGCUCGCACAUUGAUUCAGGUAGCAUAAUUAGUUUAAUCAUCUCAUUCAUAGAUCAGUCGAAGGCAUAAGAGGAGAAUGAAAGAAGAACCGGAAGUGACUGGCACUUCGAUGGAUGAUCAUCGUGAGAAGCAGCAGGCUACCGUCUGUGUGCUCGAUGCAUCGACUUACGUCGGGUUUUGGAUCCUCAACGGCUUGCUUGCCAAAGGGUAUGCGGUUCGUGCAGCCAUCCAGAAGAACGGAGAUGGAGAGAUACUGAAGAAUAUAAGGGAGAUGGAGAAAGCUGAGGAGAGGCUGGAGGUGUCCAGUGUGGAUGUUCUUGACUACCACAGCAUUCUCUUGGCCCUCAGGGGCUGCUCUGCUCUCUUCUGUUGCCUGGACAGCCCUGACGGAUAUGACGAGAGGAAUGUGGACAUUGAGGCGAGAGGGGCAAUCAACGUAGUCGAGGCGUGCGCCCAAACAGAGGGGAUAGAGAAGGUCGUGUUCAGCUCUUCUAUGGCUGCAGCAAUAUGGAGGGACAACAUAGGCUCCGACAACGAUGUCGAUGAGAGGUCUUGGAGCGACCAAGACUUCUGCAGGAAGCUCAAGUUGUGGUAUGCUCUGUCAAAGACGCUAUCGGAGCAGACAGCAUGGGCUCUGGCUAUGGACCGAGCUGUAAACAUGGUCUCGAUCAACAGCGGACUCGUCCUGGGCCCUGGAGUCACCCAACAGAACCCUAAGACCACGUUGGCUUAUCUCAAAGGAACCCCGGAGAUGUAUGAGAAUGGAGUCUUGGCAAUCGUGGAUGUGGACUUCAUGGUCGAUGUACAUAUCAAGGCAUUCCGGGAUCAGUCGACCCGGGGCAGGUACUUCUGCUUCAACCAAGUGGUGAACACCGAGGAGGAGGCCAUGCGACUAGCGCAGAGGCUCAGCCCUCUGAUCUCACUGCCACCAAGCUAUGAAAACCAAGGGAAUGAACCGUAUGCUGAGAGGCUGAGGACUAAGAAAUUGAGCAAAUUGGUCGAAGGAACCGCUUAUUAGGAUUGAUCUUGAUGUUGCAUUUUAGUUCGUGCUUGUAAUAAUUCAUCGGUUGAAGCGUGAUUUUCGAUCGGUCCAAUCUCAAAGAGACCAUCUGAAAAAUCAUAUGAGUUUCUCUUCGUUGGAAUCUCAAGAUCGAUUAAAGAUAGAUCCAUCCAUUUACCUAUAAAAAGAUGUGCGUCCCCCGAUAGAAAGUUCCGAAUGAAAACUAAAGUCAUGAAGUUGGACAUAUUCUCCCCGUAAAUUAGUAGGAUGGUUUGACAGCAAGUGAUUCUCAUCGACCCUCUCUAAGAAGCCGCCUGAUAAAAUACUUUUCGGGCGAAAUUGUGGAAUCACAUAAACCAACGUUACGAUUAGGUUAACCCACCCUUCAUUUCUUCAGGAAAUCCUAAGUUCUGCCAAUAAGCGGAAAAAAAAAAAAAAAAAAAA